AUACCAAGAAGCGCAUAUGCCAAAUUUUCAAAGAGAACGGCCUACGGACCACGAUUGAAGCCAACAAGCAAACUGUCAACUUCCUUGAUGUCACUUUCAACCUGAGAAAUAACAGCUACCAACCAUUCACGAAACCCAACACAACACUCCAAUACGUGCACCAUGACAGCAACCAUCCACCCACCACCACGAAAAGAAUACCUACCGGAAUCAAUAAAAGGCUAUCGAUGCUGUCAUCUAGCAAAGCUGAAUUUGACCAAGCAACCCCCCCGUACCAAAAAGCCCUUGAUGAAAGCGGAUACAAUUUCACCCUCACCUAUGAACCCACGCCAGGAAACCAGCCAAAAAAGAACAGAAAACGAAACGGCAUCAUCUGGUACAACCCCCCCAUACAGCAAAAACGUCUCAACGAACAUUGGACACAAAUUCCUCAAUCUGAUUGACAAACACUUUCCCAAAGACAACAACCUAAGAAAAGUAUUCAACAAGAACAACAUCAAAUUGAGCUACAGCUGCAUGAACAAUAUACGACAAAUCAUCUCAAACCACAACAAAACAAUUGCAAAUGAGCCGUCGACCCCCAGUCAGAACGACUCCAAAACCAACAAAGCAUGUAACUGUCGAAAGAAACCUGAUUGCCCCCUCUUCGGGGGGUGCUUACAAACAUCAGUUGUCUACCAAUCUAAGAUCCUUCCUGAAACACGAGGCACUGAAGACAGGAGGAAAGAUCGUCUCCUAACUGGAGUGAGAGCGGCAACAGCCACCAGGAGAUGAAGCCGGCUGAUGGAGUGGGUGUGGGGGGGAAGCAGCAGGAAGCCCCCCUACACCAAUAAUUCAAGUUUAAUCUGAGCUCCGCAGGUGUGCACCGAACAAGUGAGCAGAUUUACUCGCCCCAAGUCUAAUGUUAUCACACACAUACACACACACACACACCGAUCUCUGGGAGUGAAGUCUGGUUACAACCGGAAUUACACUGAUUGCCAAAGAGGUCACCCUUGAUAAGAAGGGAAUUGCUACAAAAUUGUGUUUACGUGCUCCGGGUUGAUCGGAAUCGUGCCGAGGCAGCCGCAGGCCUGAAGCCUCUGGACACGCCCCAGAAAAGUGUUGA